UGGUAUAAACACCACACCCUGUCCCGUCCUGGAUCAUAACGGAGCUGCUGCUGCUCGCUGCCUCACUGCUGCUCCUCUCUGAAGGUCGACUCAACAUGGCGCUGGUGUCUGAGUUUCUGGGUCAGCUGACGCUGUCAUAUGGAGGGGAAGCAGAGCCCAUAUACCCCACCGUGGUGGCGGUACGAGACUUUGACCCGGCCAAAGACGCUGCCAGGCUGGAGACAGCCAUCAAGACGAAAGGCGUAGACGAUCAGACCAUCAUCGACAUCCUGACCAGACGCAGCUACACGCAGCGGAGAGAGAUCGCCUUCGAAUACGAGCGGAUCGCCAAGAAGGAUCUGAUCGUAGCCCUGAAGGGGGCGCUGUCCGGCUCUCUGGAGGCUCUCAUGUUGGGCCUGAUGAAGAGCACGGCUCAGUACGACGCCUCCGAGCUCAAAUCCUCCAUGAAGGGACUGGGCACAGACGAGGAGACCCUCAUUGAGAUCGUCUGCUCCAGGAACCACGAAGAACUUGUGGACAUCAAGAAGGUUUACAAAGAGAUGUUCAAGAAGGAGCUGGACAAAGAUGUGGCCGGAGACACGUCAGGAGACUUUGCCAAACUGCUGCUGAGUCUGGUUCAGACAAAGAGAGAUGAGCCCUCAAAUGUUGUCGACUAUGAGAAGAUUGACGAGGAUGCCAGAUCUCUGUACGAAGCCGGGGUGAAGAGGAAGGGAACCGAUGUGGCGACCUGGAUCACCAUCAUGUCGAAGAGGAGCGUCCCUCACCUGCAGAAAGUGUUUGAGAGGUAUAAGAGCUACAGUCCAUACGACAUGAAGGAGAGCAUCAGGAAGGAGGUGAAGGGAGAUCUGGAGAAGUCUUUCCUCACUCUGGUUGAGUGUUUUCAGAACAGGCAGCUGUACUUCGCCAACAGACUCAGUGAAGCCAUGAAGGGUAAAGGAGCGAAGGAGAAGGUGGUGACCAGGAUCAUGGUUUCUCGAUGUGAAAUCGACCUGAUGAAGAUCAGAUCAGAGUUCAAGAGGCAGCACAAAAGGUCACUGUACCAGACCAUCACUGAGCACACCAAAGGAGACUACCAGAACGCUCUGCUGAGUCUAUGCGGAGGAGACGACUGAGACCUCCUCUCUCUCUGGACUCAGUUUCCCAGAAGCCCCUUUGGUUUCAAACAUCAGUGGAUACUGCAGAUCUUCCUGCAGUGUUAGAGUGUCUUUGCUUUGCAACAUGAGACAGAAAGUGUCCCCUCCAUCUCUCUGAGCAGCUUCAAAAUAAAACAUCACAUACAUCAUG